CACACCGAGUCACCGCGCGCAAUCACGGAAGAGGUUGUUCUUGUUCUCUCUCCUGAUUGGUUGAGAUUACUGUCAUCUGAUUGGAUGGGUCUUACACUGUGCUGCUGGCUGAGUGACGGCCAUUAUAAAACAACAAAUCAAUCUUCAUCAGCUCAAUCAGCUUUCAAUCCGUUCUCUGUAGCCCCACCCAUUCGUCUCGCUGUGCUUUUAGACACGCCCCCCGUUGCCCCUGGACACCCCCGAUCACAGUGGAGCUCGACUCACCUGUCAGACAAUCUGAGGGUGUGUCCGUCGGGUGGGUGUGUCUCACGCGCUCGUGUGGAACAGAGCAGCGAUGCGGUUCGAGCGGCGGUGGGCGUCGCAAACGGGCUGCACAUAUGGGAGGUGCUGUGGGAGGAGCAACAGAGAGGAAGCCACGCCCUACUGGGCGUGUCCACAUGCAAAUGCCCCCUGCAGGCAUCUGGCUACACCGUGCUUAUCGGCAGCGACACGUGUUCCUGGGGCUGGGAGCUUUCGACCAAUCAGCUCUGGCAUGAUGGGAUGGAGGCGGGGCGGUACCCUGAGGGCGGAGCCACAGAAGUCUUAAAGGUGCCGGAUCGCAUAUUGCUGGUUGUGGAUGCGGAUGCGGGAACACUGGGAUACGUCGUGGAUGACCACUAUAUGGGAGUGGCCUUUACAGUCCUCCCCAAAGGGGCGGAGCUCUUCCCAGCAGUUAGCUGCGUCUGGGGAGGAGCUAAAAUCUGCAUACGCUACCUCUGUGGCAUGACACGUGACCCACCUGAUCUGCAGUCUCUGAGUCGAUUAUCUGCUCGUCAGACCCUCCGACUGGACACAACUCACACUGGGAAUGUGUCAUUCCCACCUGCACUACAGCGCCUCCUGUUGGCCACAAAUAGAUCCACACCACAAGUUAUCGUGAAAUGAUUGCAUGUAUGAAGAUAAUUGGAUUUAAUGUGUUUGGUGUGUUCAUAUAGAG